AUCCAAACUCCAGAAUCACUGAGUUCUUGACAAAGUGGGAUGAUUUCCAGCUGUUCCAGUUGACAAAAUUUUACUGGGACAGACUAGACCAGGCGAUUGAAGAAGGGGUGGAUGGAGUCAGCUCAUUGUUAACAUACGAGCAGAUUUUCAAUGGACAAGAACAUCGGAAAGUCACCGAGCUCACGGAUAAGGGAGACCGGGCGGAGAGUUCCAAGCUUCUCCUAAGUCUGGUGAUGGAGAAAGGCUCUCGGGCCCGAAGGGUGAUGUGGGAAUCCUUUGUGAAAGUGCAUCAUGGGGUCCCAAAGUUGGAUAAAAUAAUAAAAGAAAUACAGGAACUUGGUUCUGAUCCAUUUGAUUACAUGAACAUUGGAAGAGAUUUAUCUGAAAUACCCAGUCACCUGAAAGGUGUUCAACAGAAACACAAGGAGAUCCUCCGGGUUCAAACUGAAACAUUGAGAGUGAACACUAUCCUAAUAAAGGAGAAGGUUAAGAUUUUCCAGCUGAUUGAUCGAUACGCUGAGCUAACGAUCAUUUCUAAUGUUCGAGAUCGGACACUUGUAGAACAUGAACUGCUGGCAAGAGGCCGAGACCAUGAAGAGUGGAGAGAGAAACAUCUCCGGAGAGAACUGGAAAAAAUCCGAACUGAUCAAUUGUUCCAGAGCAGUUUUUCCCUGAGAAAAUCCAAAUCUGGGAGUUCAGCAGCAGUGAGUGGAGUCCCAGGGAUCGGAAAAACAACAAUGGUACAAAAGAUAGUUUAUGAUUGGGCCACUGGGAAAAUAUACCCAGACUUUCAAUUUGUUUUCAGUUUUAAAUUCCGGGAUUUGAACAAUAUUAACAGUAGAAUAAAUUUGAGGAAUUUGAUACUAGAUCAGUAUCCUUACUUUGGGAAAGUUCUGGGAGAGCUCUGGAAGAACCCAGAGGGAUUGCUGUUUAUAUUCGAUGGUUUGGAUGAAUUCAAGGACAGGAUUGAUUUUGCUGACAAUCGGAGAAAUACAGAGCCUCAGUUCAUGUGCACUGAUCCUGAAUGCUGGUGUGAAGUGUCUGACAUUGUGUACAGUUUAAUACAGCACAAGCUGCUCCCAGGAUGUUCAGUGCUAGUGACCAGCCGUCCCACUGCAUUACAUCUAUUGGAAAAGGCUGAGAUCAGUGUCUGGGCUGAAAUCCUGGGAUUUGUUGGUGAUGAACGGAAGGAAUAUUUCAACAAGUAUUUUGAAGAUCAGGCAGUGGCAGCAGCUGUUUUCAAACACGUGGAGGAGAACGAGAUCCUGUACACCAUGUGCUACAACCCUUCCUACUGCUGGAUCCUCGGUCUGUCACUAGGUCCCUUCUUUACACAAAGAGACAGGAAACAGCAGCAAGUUCCCAAGACCAUCACCCAACUGUAUUCCUACUAUAUUUACAACAUUCUGAAAAACCAUGGCCGAGAGAUUGAAAGCCCCCGUGAUGUGUUCCUGAAGCUUGGUGAGAUGGCCUUCACAGGAGUCUCUGAGAAGAAGAUUGUGUUUAGAAAUGGAGAUUUGAUCAAGUACAAUCUGCAACCUUCCCAGUUCCUGUCUGGAUUCCUCAUGGAACUUUUGGAGAGAGAUGAUUCUAUCCAGAGUGUGGUUUACACGUUCCCACACCUCACCAUCCAAGAGUUUGUAGCUGCACUCGCACAAUUCCUGACGCCCGAUCCUAAGGACAUCCAGAAACUCCUCAGUGAAGCGGACAGUGAAGAAGAUGGGAGAUUUGAGAUAUUUCUCCGUUUUGUUGCUGGUCUCUCCUCCCCACAGUCAGCUCGGCCCCUAGAGGAGUUUCUGAGUCCAUUUCUUCAUCAAACAACCUGUCGAGUGAUUGACUGGGUGAAGGAGAAGGUUAAAGGUCAGAUUGGAAACACAGCGACUGAAACUGGUAAAAGGAACCUCCUGAACACAUUCCACUACCUGUUUGAGUCUCAGAAUAAAGCACUGGCUCAGGCCACAGUGGGAUCUGUGGAAACACUUGCAUUUAGUGGAUUGCGACUGACACCGAUUGACUGUGCCGUCCUGUCUCAUGUCCUUGGAUUCUGUGAUACAAUAAAACACCUCGAUCUAAACCAAUGUUACAUUCAGUGUGAAGGACUCCAGCGGCUGGAAAACGUUCUGUACAAAUGCCAGAAGUUGAGACUGAGUGAAAAUAAUCUGGGAGAUUCAGGAGUGAAACUACUGUCUGCAGCCCUGAGGAAUCCAGGCUGUAAAAUACAGGAACUGAAUCUGCAGAAUAACAAUCUCACAGAUUCUUGUGCCAAGGAUCUUGCCUCUGUGAUCAGUACAAACCAGUCACUGACAGAUCUGGACCUGGAAAAUAAUCGACUAGGAGACGCAGGAGUGAAACUACUGUCUGUGGCUCUGAGAAACUUGGGCUGUAAAAUACAGAGACUGAGGCUAGGGUAUAACACUCUGACAGAUUCUUGUGCUGAAGAUCUUGCCUCUGUGUUUAAUCACUCACUGACAUAUCAGGACCUGUCUGGUAACAAACUGGGAGAUUCAGGAGUGAAACGACUGUCUGUAGCUCUGAGGGGAUCAGACUGUAAAAUACAGAAACUGCAUCUAGGGGUUAACACUCUGACAGAUUCUUGUGCUGAAGAUCUUGCCUCUGUGUUUAAUCACUCACUGACAGAUCUGAACCUGGCUGGUAACAAACUGGGAGAUUCAGGAGUGAAACGACUGUCUGUAGCUCUGAGGGGAUCAGACUGUAAAAUACAGAAACUGCAUCUAGGGUAUAACACUCUGACAGAUUCUUGUGCUGAAGAUCUUGCCUCUGUGUUUAAUCACUCACUGACAGAUCUGAACCUGGCUGGUAACAAACUGGGAGAUUCAGGAGUGAAACGACUGUCUGUAGCUCUGAGGGGAUCAGACUGUAAAAUACAGAAACUGCAUCUAAGGGAUACCUGUCUCAGUGAUUCUUGUACCGAGGAUCUCGCUUCCGCUCUCAGUACAAACCGGUCACUGACGGAUCUGGACCUGAGAUUUAACCGCUUCACAGACCGAUCUGUCCCCGCUCUCCGCCGCCUCAUCCUGACCUGCAGGACUCUGAAUGUGAUCGACCUGUGCGGCAAUCGGUUCAGUUUCAAUGGGAAAAAUCAGCUGGAGACGCUGCAGGGAACCAGACCUGGACUGAGAGUGAUAAUGUGAACCUUGGGAUUGAUAAACAUUCCUGUUCGAGCUGAGUGAGCGUCAUCUCCCAUUGUGACAUCAGAGGCCCAGCCACCGGGUCACGUGACUCAGCCCGGCCCCGCCCCCCCCACAGGCGCUGCUUCUGCAGGAUAUCCGGGGCUGAAUGUUCCCCAAUGGGGCACUGGGGAAAUGUACAGACAGGGAGGGGCCCAGGGUGGGGAUCAGUCUGGGCUGCAGUGGGACAUUGACAAUUACACUCAGGAUUCCUGGGAUUGGGGGUAAAGCCCCCUAGGGCUCCCGCUCAGUAUCACUGCCCAGUGACCCUGCUGGGAAGUGACCCUGUGUGGGUUCAGGGUGGGUACAGGGUGACCCUGUGUGGGUUCAGGGUGGGUACAGGGUGACCCUGUGUGGGUACAGGGUGGGUACAGGGUGACCCAAUGUGGGUUCAGGGUGACCCUGUGUGGGUUCAGGGUGGGUACAGGGUGACCCUGUGUGGGUUCAGGGUGGGUACAGGGUGACCCUGUGUGGGUUCAGGGUGGGUACAGGGUCUGUUCAGCUGGGAUAGAUCCCACUGUCCAAUAGAGACAAACACCCACCACAUGGGGUGUCCCAGAGAGAGGAUCCUAUUGAGGAGGUUCCAGCGGAUUCUGUAACCAAGGGAUUGGACUGAAAGUAUCAAUGCUUUUCUGUCAUCCCUCAGAAAGAAAGCAUCAGUUGUUGAAUUCCCCCUGUCCAAUACAGUGUGAACAAUUAUUGGGUGUUGUGUCUCCUGUUUAAUGGAACUAGAGCUAGUCUUCUUCCCUAUUAAUCCCAAAUUCCCCCUGUCCAAUACAAUGUGAACAAUUAUUGUUUUGUGUUCUUCUCCAAUCUGUAAACUUCAUUGUUCCGGAGUGUGGGGACAUCUACUGUCCGGAACUGAGAACUGUAACAGAGCGGCUCAGAUUCACAUUCACUGUCAGUGUUACAAACACAGCCACAAUGUGCAAUGUAAACAAAUAGUUUCUGUCUGUUAAUUAUGUUGUAUUGUUCCACAUUUUAUAGUGAGAAAUGAGUACAAUUGAGAAAUAAUAACGAUUUGUUUCACUCAUUGGAUUAUUGUUAAUUAACCAUGUUAUCGUUUACUAGACAUUAAGCACCAUUUCUGUCUGAUUUCUCAGCUUUACAUGACUGAAUAAAACGUACACAAAUAUCAAUAAAAACUAAGCUGAUAGUUUCACAGGAAAUAAAAGCCAAAGCGAUGGGGGUGAAAUACAAACAGAAUAAAAUGAAAUAAAUCUGAAAAUGCUGGACAGGCUGAUCCUGAAACAUCUGUGGAGAAGUUUGGGUUAACAGCUCAGGGCCCUGAACCUUCUCUAGACCUGAAAAGUUCAUCAUGAUCUUGCACAUCUCAGCUAGGACACCCCUCGGACUCCCUCGUUCCAAGGAAAACAACACCAGCCUAUCCAAUCUCCUCAUAGGUGCAGUUUUCCAGCCCUGACAACAUUCCUGUAAAUCUCCUCUGUACUCUCUCCAGGGCAAAUAUGUCCUUCCUGUAAUAUGACCAGAACUGUUCACAAAAUUCCAGCUGUGGCCUAAACAAUUAUUUUUAUUCAUUUCUAUCAUCACAUCCCUGGUUUUGUACUCAAUACCUCAUCCAAUAAAGGAAAGCAUUCUGUCCGCUUUCUUUACCACCUUAUCCACCUGUACUGCCACCUUCAGGGACCAGUGAACAUUCACUCCAAAUCUCUCACUUCCUCGACCUCUCUCAAUAUCCUCCCAGUUUAUUGAGUGUUCCCUUUGCUUUGUUAUCCUCCCAGAUUCAAUUACCUCACACUCCUCCGGUUUGAAUUUCAUUUGUCACUUUCCUGCCCACUGAACCGAACCAUUGAUAUAAUUCUAUACCCACUCAGUCCAGGAUUGUCCCUCUCCUAUUCCAUGCCAGCCCUGUCACCAUUGAUAUCGUUCUAUACCCACUCAGUCCAGGAUUGUCCCUCUCCUACUCCAUGCCAGCCCUGUCACCGUUGAUAUCAUUCUAUACCCACUCAGUCCAGGAUUGUCCCUCUCCUAUUCCAUGCCAGCCCUGUCACCAUUGAUAUCAUUCUAUACCCACUCAGUCCAGGAUUGUCCCUCUCCUAUUCCAUGCCAGCCCUGUCACCAUUGAUAUCAUUCUAUACCCACUCAGUCCAGGAAUGUCCCUCUCCUAUUCCAUGUCGGCCAUGUGCCCGCACAGUCCAGGAUUGACCCGAACACAUUCACUAAUCGCCAUCCACCCACACCCCCACCCUCCCCUGCCCUUCCCCCUCCUUCACUCCCUCUGUCUUCUCAGUCCAGGAUUGGUGCUGUGUGUACAGUAAUAAUUAACAGUAAACAUUCAAUUCCUAGCACAGUUACCUCUCUCUCUCUCUGUUCCCUCCUCUCUCUGUAUCUAUCCAGCUCAUCCAUCUCUGCUCAUCUAUCUAUUGCUCCUGGUCUUGAUAAAUAUCUGGAUGUCUCUAUCCCUUAUCCUGCCUGUCUCGGGGUGAAUGUUGAUCGAAAUGCACCCUGAAGAUUUUGCUGUCUCGCAGUUAUAAAUAACAACACUCGACACUGUGGCCAUGUUUUUAUUUACAUAUGAUUCAUGUAGAGAGGUGAGGGGAUGGAGAGGGAAGGACAUUGGAAUGGAAGCGAUCCACAAUCAGUUCUUCAGUAAAUCUCACUAGGGGCAGUGUCACCACGGUUAAUGUUCAGGAGGGGUGAAGAAAUUGACCCCCCACCCCCGCACCACUUCAGCCCCCACAAAAGGUUAUCUCCGUAUUUAAACUGGAAGAAACUGAUCAAUUUGGGCACUUCUUAAUAUCAACAACCCGACAUUUAAUUCUUCAAAGUCACUAUUUCUGGAAGGUUGAGAAUGGAGCUGGGUCUGUGACUACAUACUGGAGAUCCUCAAGGUCCUGUCUCUCUUCAACACCCCACCCACAGUUCACUCCAUUUUCCAUCUCUCUCCCUGUUAACCCUUCACUCAUUCCCAUUCCUCUCUGUUUCUCUCACUCGCUUUCUCACUCUCCCUGUUUCCCCUUCUCUGAUUGCCUGUUCUAUCGCUCUCCCUCUCUCUCUUUUCCCCUCACUCUCUUUUUAUCGACCCCCUCUCCCUCGUUUCCCCAGUACUCUCGCCUCUUUCCCCCUCUCUCCCUGUUCGGUCCUGACUCCCUCCCAUUUCUCUAUCAGUCCCUGUCUUCCUCACCCUUUCUCUCUCAUUCUCUUGCUCUCACUCACUCAGUCCCUCUGACUUUUCUCACUCACUUCUCUCCCUCCUUCUCGCUCUCUCACACACACCUCACAAGGUGGAGGGGCAGUGAGAGAGAGACAAAGACAGAAAUGCACGAUCAGUAACACAGUAAAAUGGAUUGAAAUGGCCGCUGUGCAUUCCAUUUACCCCUCAAAGUGAACUCUCUGCCCAAUGAAUGCUGUAACUCAUUUCUACACAAACAAGAUCACAAGACAGGCCACAUUUUCACAACUCACUUUCUGAGUUUCUGAUUUAGAUUUCUUUGACCCUCUCGUCUUUCUCUCUUUUCAUCUUCCUCUCUUUUUCUCGCUUUCUCUCUCUCUCCCUCUGGCUCUUUUUCUAUCAGACUCUCUCUCAGUGACCCCCUUGUUCUUUUUCUCUGUUCCUUUCUCUCUCUUUGUUCUUUGUCCUUCUCCCUCUCUCACACCUUACCUCUCUCUUUCUCUUUCUCACUCGCUCUCUAUCUCGCUCUCUCCCUCUCUCACACAUUACCUCUCUCUUUCUUUCUUGCUCGUUCCCUAUCUCGCUCUCUCUUUCGCACACCACACUUUCUGUCUUUCUCUUUAUCCUGUCAAUUUCUCUCUUUCAAUGCAUUGAUCUGCCUGUCUUUUUAGGUGCCUCUCUCUCUCUCUUUCCCUUUCUGUGUCUCUCUUCCUUCCUUUCUCUCAAAACCAAACUUUAAAUUCUGCAGGGAAAGUUGUGUUUAAUGAUUAGCUUUUGUUCACUUUACACAGAAACAAAGUAUAUUCAUGAAUUAAAUAAACAGUACAUUAUCAUUAUAAAAUAUAACCAAUAGAGGACUUCAGCAUGUAAUAGGAGGAAUGAAUAAAAACAGCUGUGCUCUACAUGAAGUUAGAUUUCAUUAGCAGUGACUUAGGGAAAACAUUUGUCUCAAUGCAUUCUUUGUAUUAAAGGUAACUGCUGUAAUAAUGUGUGGCUAAUAUUGUAACCAUGUAAUCCUUUUAGACUUGUUUUUAUCACUCAAGGCCAUGUAUUAACUGAAUGCAAAAAGAGAGAUCAUCUCCUUAUAUUUAAAAACUGA